CCGGCUGCCCCCCGGCCCCCGUGCGAGCCGCGACCAUGGGCUCGGGGCGCGUGCCCGGGCUCUGCCUGCUCGUCCUGCUGGUCCACGCCCGCGCCGCGCAGCACGGCAAAGCGGCGCAAGAUGUGGACGAGUGUGUGGAGGGGACGGACAGCUGUCACAUCGAUGCCAUCUGUCAGAACACGCCGCGUUCCUACAAGUGCAUGUGCAAGUCUGGGUACACGGGAGACGGCAAACACUGCAAAGAUGUGGAUGAGUGUGAGCGAGAGGACAACGCAGGCUGCGUACACGACUGUGUCAACAUCCCUGGCAAUUACCGAUGUACCUGCUAUGAUGGCUUCCACCUGGCACAUGACGGACACAACUGUCUGGACGUGGACGAGUGCGCGGAGGGCAACGGGGGCUGUCAGCAGAGCUGUGUCAACAUGAUGGGCAGCUACGAGUGCCACUGCCGGGAAGGUUUCUUCCUCAGCGACAACCAGCACACCUGCAUCCAGCGGCCGGAAGAAGGAAUGAAUUGUAUGAACAAGAACCACGGCUGUGCUCACAUCUGCAGGGAGACCCCCAAAGGGGGCAUCGCCUGUGAGUGCCGCCCAGGCUUCGAGCUCACCAAGAACCAGCGGGACUGUAAAUUGACAUGUAACUACGGAAACGGCGGCUGCCAGCACACGUGUGAUGACACAGAGCAGGGACCUCGGUGCGGCUGCCACGUCAAGUUUGUGCUGCAUGCGGACGGCAAGACAUGCAUUGAGACCUGCGCCGUGAACAACGGCGGCUGCGACAGUAAGUGCCACGACGCGGCCACGGGUGUGCACUGCAGCUGCCCCGUGGGCUUCAUGCUGCAGCCCGACAGGAAGACCUGCAAAGAUAUCGAUGAGUGUCGCCUGAACAACGGGGGCUGCGACCACAUCUGCCGGAACACGGUGGGCAGCUUCGAGUGCAGCUGCCGGAAGGGCUACAAGCUGCUCAUCAACGAGCGCAGCUGCCAGGACAUUGACGAGUGCUCCUUCGACCGGACCUGCGACCACGUGUGCGUCAACACGCCGGGCAGCUUCCAGUGCCUGUGCCACCACGGCUACCUGCUCUACGGCGUCACCCACUGCGGGGAUGUGGACGAGUGCAGCAUCAACCGCGGAGGCUGCCGCUUCGGCUGCAUCAACACCCCGGGCAGCUACCAGUGUACCUGCCCCGCGGGCCAGGGCCGGCUGCACUGGAACGGCAAGGAUUGCACAGAGCCGGUGAAGUGUCAGGGCAGCUCUGCCGCCUUGAGAGCCCUGCUCAGCUGCAGCCGCACGGGCAAGAAGGACACCUGUGCCCUCACCUGCCCCUCCCGGGCCCGCUUUCUGCCAGAGUCUGAGAACGGCUUCACCGUGAGCUGCGGGACCCCCAGUCCCAGGGCCGCUGCAGCCCGAGCAGGCCACGCCGGGAACAGCACGCAGGCCGGCCAGUGCCAGGAGGCCGCAGUGCUCGCCGUCAAGCAGCGCGCCUCCUUCAGGGUCAGGGACGCCAAGUGCCGCCUGCACCUGCGCAACAAAGGCAAAGUGGACGAGGCCGGCCGGAGCCCGGGCCCAGGUGCCGCCGCGCCGUGCUCCGACUGCCAGGUGACCUUCAUCCAUCUCAAGUGUGACUCCACGCGCAAGGGCAAGGGCCGGCGGGCCCGGACCCCGGCGGGCAAGGAGGUCACGAGGCUCACCCUGGAGCUGGAGGCCGAGGUCCGCGCGGAGGAGACCACAGCCGGCUGCGGGCUGGGCUGCCUGCGGCAGCGGGUGGAACGGCGGCUGCGGGGGUCCCUGAAGAUGCUGCGCAAGUCCAUCAACCAGGACCGCUUCCUGCUGCGCCUGGCCGGCCUGGACUACGAGCUGGCCCACAAGCCCGGUCUGGCCGCCGGCGAGCGCCCCGAGCUGCUGGAGGCCUGCCGGCCUGGACAGCACCGCGCUGGGGUCAAGUGUGUCAGCUGCCCGCAGGGAACGUUUUACCACGGCCAGACGGAGCAAUGCGCGCCAUGCCCGGCGGGCACCUUCCAGGAGAGGGAAGGGCAGCUGUCCUGCGACCUUUGCCCCGGGAGUGAUGCCCACGGGCCUCUGGGAGCCACCAACGUCACCACGUGUGCAGGUCAAUGCGCCCCGGGCUCCCACUCAGCCGAUGGCUUCAAGCCCUGCCAGCUGUGUCCCCGUGGCUCCUACCAGCCUGAGCCGGGCCGCACCCUCUGCUUCCCGUGUGGGGGCGGCCUUACCACCAAGCACGAGGGGGCUGUCUCCUUCCAGGAUUGUGAUGCCAAAGUCCAGUGCUCCCCCGGGCACUACUACAACACCAGCAGCCACCGCUGCAUCCGCUGCGCCAUGGGCUCCUACCAGCCUGACUUCCGCCAGAACUUCUGCACCCGCUGUCCCGGCAACACCAGCACCGACUUCGACGGCUCCACCAGCGUGGCCCAGUGCAAGAAUCGCCAGUGUGGCGGGGAGCUGGGUGAGUUCACCGGCUAUAUCGAGUCCCCCAACUACCCAGGCAACUACCCGGCGGGCGUGGAGUGCGUCUGGAACAUCAACCCCCCGCCCAAGCGCAAGAUCCUGAUCGUGGUACCCGAGAUCUUCCUGCCCUCCGAGGAUGAGUGCGGGGACGUCCUGGUCAUGAGGAAGAACUCCUCCCCAUCUUCCAUCACCACCUACGAGACCUGCCAGACCUACGAACGCCCGAUCGCCUUCACCGCACGCUCCCGGAAGCUCUGGAUCAAUUUUAAAACAAGCGAAGCCAACAGUGCCCGCGGCUUCCAGAUCCCCUACGUGACCUAUGAUGAGGACUACGAGCAGCUGGUGGAGGACAUCGUGAGAGACGGCCGGCUCUAUGCCUCGGAAAAUCACCAGGAGAUCUUAAAGGACAAGAAGCUCAUCAAGGCGUUCUUCGAGGUGCUGGCCCACCCCCAGAACUACUUCAAGUACACGGAGAAGCACAAGGAGAUGCUGCCCAAGUCCUUCAUCAAACUGCUCCGGUCCAAAGUUUCUAGCUUCCUGAGGCCCUACAAAUAGUGGCCCCCCAGCCUGAGACCCGGGUUCUGAAGGCCCCACACGCCUUUGCCCCCAGAGCCAGUGGCCGCCCCCUCAG